AUGGGGUCGAGUGAGAGAGAUCAGCCGACGACGACGCAGCAUCCCCCGCCGCACAUCAGCAGUCUCGUCGUGCGGCCAUCCGGAAGCAACGACGGAGAAGCCGACCGCCAGGCCGCCGCCGCCGGAGACUAUGAGCCUGGAGAGGUCUCCCGUGACCGGCCCUCUUAUGCUCGCUCAGAUCGUUAUAAGGGUGACAAUGGACAUAGGACUCGCGCAAGUUCUAGCUCACCACCCAGUCGUGCAUAUUUAGAUCACCGACAUGGCUCUGAUCUUAAUCAUUCAGGCGCUCUGCCUCGUAGUCGUGAGUUCAAUAGCAGAAGGGAGCUAACUGGGAGACACAGAGAUUAUUCGCCACCUUAUAUUAGAGGUGGAGCUGGUGCUCGCCCUUAUGGAAGAGGUUUUGAUGCGCCCGAACCUGUGCAUGGACCUUUUAAAAGUGAGGGCAUGAGCAGAAACAACUACCCAAAGGUACAACCAAGAGAUGGAGAUUGGUACUGUCAGGAGCCAUCAUGCAGAAACUUGAACUUUGCCAGACGUGAAUCCUGCAACAAAUGCAAGAGGCAUCGCUAUGGACCUGUCAAUAGUUCACCACCGCCUCGUCUUCUUCCUCCUCUCAUGAAUCUCUCCCCAAGAAGAGACUUUAAUGGCUACAGAUCUCCUCCUCCACGUGGCUGGCCCAGAGACUACCCGCCACCAAGACAUAACCAUCCUACAUGGAGAGACAGAGACAGAGAACGAGACCGUCUCCCUUACUCAGACCAUGACUACCCUCCUAGCAGAAGAAUAGCAUCUGACUGGGUCCAUACUGAACCACUCCCAAAACCUCAUUAUGAUAGACGACCACCUCUCAGUCCACCACCUCCACCGCUUCCUCCACCUCGUGGUGGCAGAUGGGGACGAGUUUCAAGAGAGAGGAGCAGAUCGCCACCAUUGAGAGAUGGUCCAUUACCACCAAUGAGAGGCGGUCCACCACCGCUCAGAGAUUACCGCCGUGACAGUCACUUUGAAAGAGGAGGGCGAGACGAUCGGGAUCGGGAUCGGCGUGGUGGCGGCAGAGACAGAAUGGGAAACUCUUACUGA